AUGAAGAUGUUGGUUAUAUGUCUGAUCCUCUCAGCCCUCUUCAGCCUUGGAUCCCCUAUUCCACUAGAGGGGCGCAACAAGGCUCCUCACAAACUCUUGCUUAUCUCCUUUGAUGGCUUUCGUUGGGAUUAUGAUCAAGAUGUUGAUACCCCUAAUAUGAACAUAAUGGCCAGAGACGGUGUGAAAGCCAAGUACAUGACCCCUGCUUUUAUCACUAUUACCAGUCCAUGUCACUUUACACUACUCACAGGAAAAUACAUAGAAAACCAUGGAGUUAUCCACAACAUGUAUUUUGAUGUCACCACUGGUCAGAAGAUACCAUACCACGGCACACAGGGCGUGUCCAUGUGGUGGGAUAAUGGUAGCCUUCCUAUUUGGAUCACAGCUCAGAGACAGGGCCUUAACACUGGUUCGCUUUUCUUUCCGGGUGGGAAUGCAACAUAUCGUGAUGAGAAUGUGAAUGUAAAAAAAGUAGAGUCACGCACACACAUAUGGGGCAAUGAAACAGAGUGGAGAGAAAAUGUUGACACUGUGAUGCGUUGGUUAACGGAGCAGGAUUUGGAUUUUGUAGCUUUGUAUUUUGGUGAACCAGAUAGCACUGGGCACAAGUAUGGGCCAGACUCAGAAGAGCGCAAGCAGAUGGUCAGCCAAGUAGAUCGAACCGUCGGAUAUAUAAGAAAGCGUGUGAAAGAUCAUGGUCUAGAGGAUAGAUUAAACAUCAUCAUCACGGCAGAUCACGGCAUGCGAACAGUACACAAGGGCCCUGAUGAGAUUAUCCUCAAUAACCUACCAAACUUCUCACUUUCUGACCUUCAGUUUCAUUUGGUAGAUUAUGGACCUAGUGGGCUUUUGAUACCUAAGGAAGGUAAUUUAGAAAAGGUAUAUAAUGCCCUAAAGAAUGCUCACCCUAAGCUCAAUGUUUUUAAAAAAGAAGAAGUACCAGCCAGGCUGCACUAUUCCAACAAUGCUCGGAUUACACCGCUUGUUGUAUAUGGAGAUCCAGGAUAUGUCGUUCAUGGGUUUGCAAAGUUACAGUUUAAUAAAGGGGAGCAUGGCUUUGACAAUGAUGAUAUGGAAAUGAAGACCAUAUUCCGUGCUGUGGGUCCAUCCUUUAAGCAGGAUUUGGUUGUGGAGCCUUUUGAGAGCGUUCAUGUGUAUGCCCUGAUGUGUGAGCUGCUGGGUGUCAAACCUGAGCCCAAUGAUGGAUCCCUAGAUGUGACACGGAACAUGCUGGUGGACAAAGAUCCCAACCCAGCAUGUUUCCCAGCAUCCAUUCUACAUGCAACAAUUGGACUGUCAGCUGUUCUGGGGGUGCUUCUUCUCAGCUUUAUUAUUACAAUGAUUACUGUUUCUGUCAAGAGACACAAAAAGAGGAAAAGAGCGCAGAAAUCUUUGAGUACGGAGACCAUUACAGAUAAAAGUUGACAUCCUAAAAAGACAUAUCCUAACCCUUAGAGGCUGUAAGGACUUUCUUCCAUCCUAAGCCAAUAUUCCCUUUUCAGUUGGCUUUACUCUAUGAUCAAUGUAAUGUUCCAGCAUGCACCAAGAGUUAGCACUCAACAGAAAUGACACCCACUGAUCCCUCACACUAGACCUCCAGCUGGCGGAUGGCCAUUAAAAUCCGGAAUAAAACAAAUGGGGAUAUCUGUAGAUUAAUGCUGUGUAACAUUUGUAAGAUACUGCAUGAUGGAACUAUAAUAAACACUAUUCCAAUAAACAUCUUUGCAUUUUUGAGAC